GUCGGGUCAAAACUCGCAUGUCACGGGUUGAUUUGUCAUCUCUAAAAUUGAUUUUUUUAUUUUCGAAUUAAAUUUUCCUUUUAUUUUUACUUGUACUGAGACUUUGCCCCUUCUAAUUUAACCAAAAAAGAAAAGAAAGUCAAUUUUUUUGCCGCAGUUUAAAGGAAUUUGUUGGGUUAAGUUUAUGGGUUUUCUCGGAUGAAAGGUAAGUGGUUUUGGGCUGGAGCCCAAAAGCUAUUUUUCAUUUUAACUCUUAAGUUGCUACGCCUAAACAUUCUUUUGGGCUGACCAAAUUCUCUCUUUGGGCCAAGCCUAAGCCUAGCAAACCCCACCCCCUAAAGCGGAAACACCGAAAAAAGAAAAACGCAGAAACAGUUGUCGGCAUGCUGCAACAACAAUGGAGGGAGGGAAGGAGAUUCAGAGGGCGAAACCAAUCGCCAUUUUCAUGGCUUUCGGCACCAAAGGAGACGUUUACCCUAUCGCCGCCAUUGCUGCAGCUUUCGCUACCGACCAGAACGGUUACGACGUCGUUUUUAUCACUCAUUCAGCACAUGAGAACCUAAGUUCUCAUUUGGAAAAAAAGAAUGUUAUGUAUGUUCCAAUUUCGUCGCCACCUGUUCUGUCUAGUAAUGGAACUGAUGAUAAGACAGGUUCACCGGAAUUAGAAUUUUCGAAACAGAAAAAGGUUAUUACAAAAGAACACAGACGAGAAUGCUGCUCGGCAGUUGAAAGGAUAUUCGGGGAUGGUCCAAGCUUGGAGGGUGAUUUUAUUGCGAUAAAUUUCUUCGCUUUGGAAGGGUGGAGCCUUGGAGAACUUUUUCGUGUGUGUUGUGUUGUUGUUGCUCCUUAUGUUGUUCCAUAUAGCGCACCUUCAUAUUUUGAGCGUCACUUCAGAAAUGAACUUCCUCUUUUGUACAAAUAUCUCCAAGAAGCUCCUGCUGAUAAGGCUUGUUGGAAAGAUGUAAUUCAUUGGAUGUGGCCACUUUUUAGUGAAAAUUGGGAGUCAUGGAGAAAAGAAGAUUUGAAUCUAAGUCCAUAUCCUUUUACAGACCCGGUAACAGGUCUUCCUACUUGGCAUGAUAGGCCACCAUCUCCCUUACUAUUGUAUGGGUUUAGCAAAGAAAUUGUUGAGUGCCCUGAUUAUUGGCCAUCAAAUGCUCGAGUUUGUGGCUUUUGGUUCCUCCCUAUUGAAUGGCAGUUUUCCUGCCAGGAAUGUAGAGAAAUUUCAACACUGCUUUCCUCAGGGCAUCUAACCACAGAUGAAAUGUGUUCAGCUCAUGCCGAGUUACAAUAUUUUCUAAAGACCCCUUUGUCAAUGCCACCUAUUUUUGUAGGGCUGAGUUCUAUUGGAAGCAUGGGGUUUAUGAGGAAUCCUCAAGCAUUUGUACAGGUUCUCCAAAGUGUUCUAGGGAUUACAUGUUACAGAUUUAUCCUUUUUACAGCUGGCUAUGAACCAUUAGAUGCAGCAAUCCAGGAAAUUGCCAAUGAAGCAUCUUCUAUUUCCAACCAAAGACAGUUAAUUCAAAAUGGGAUAACUCUUUCUGAUGGCCGGCUCUUUUGCUUUUCAGGUAUGAUACCAUACACUUGGCUGUUCCCGAGAUGUGCCGCCGCAAUUCAUCAUGGAGGGAGUGGAUCCACUGCUGCGGCACUAUAUGCAGGUAUCCCUCAGAUUCUAUGUCCGUUUAUGCUAGAUCAAUUCUACUGGGCAGAGAAAAUGUUUUGGCUUGGAGUUGCUCCAGAACCACUGAGAAGAAAUCACCUGGUUCCAGAAAAUACUAUUGGCACAAGUAUCAGGGUAGCUGCAAAUGUACUAUCACAAGCAAUACAUGAUGCAUUAUCUCCUCGAGUUAAAGCACGAGCUUUAGAAAUUUGUAAAAGGAUUUCUCUUGAGGAUGGAGUUUCAGAGGCUGUGAAGAUCCUCAAGGAAGAGAUUGGCCGUACAAUUUAAGAUGAACUGAAGAGGAUGGAUGGAAGAAAAGAGCCAAAGAGCAAAUAGCAAAGUGAGAAAAGGCCUGAGACUUAAGAGUCAAGAGGAGAAAGCAAUCCCGUACGGUGAAGUUAAUGAACCACCAAAUAUCUCAAGCGGAUAGAAUCCUACCGGAUCUAAUGUGUCCUUGGACCGACAUUCAUUCUUACAGCAUCCGCUAAAAUUGUUUGUACCAAAGGUUAUACCCUGAAGUGCUUUGCUUGAACGUAGGCUUUUGAACCGUUUUUGUAGGAUAAAUUUUAGGACAAUAAUUUUCACUAAAGCAAAUACCAUAAUGUACACUUCAAAAACAUUAGCAGUUGGGUUUUUUUUUUUUUUUGGGUUUAUUAAUGUAUAGAUUUAUUUUAUACAUUGUGAAUCAGGAUGCCACCUUAAUGAAUAA